AUGGGUUCAAUUUUGCCAGGAACGCCCACUGCGUUUUGCCUCUGUGUCAUGAGCGCAAUCUUUCAUGAUCUUAGAGAUGCGUGUUAUUUCCCCAAAAUUGUUCAAGGUCAGCCCGAGCAAAUCGACUGGUCAAUGUACGAAAAUAUGAGCGCCUGCACAUUGAAAUUUAUUGCAGAAGUUUUUGCACAGGUCGAACAGCAGCUGUCCCUUGAGCAACAGAACCGCACAGGCAAAUUUUUUAUUGCUCUUGGCCGUCUCGGUUGGAAGUUAUUCGCCAUUUGUGCACAUUCAAGAGCAUUCCGAACUGCAAUAGAUGCCUUGAAUGAUACAGAUUGGGAUAGCAUUCUUACCCUGAUUGAUGAGGAAAAAAGGAGCAUCGAGAUCUUUGCUCGCAGUCGCGACUUGGAUUGGCGUGGAAUCCUUCUACCAUAUGCCGGAGAUCAGUGGCCUGGACUUGAAGAGGCACUGACACCCGAUAUUAACUUAGCAACAGGGCAUCCACAUCAUAUAGUACAGACUGAGGACGGUGGCCUCCGCCAGCCAGUGUUUCCAUGGACAGAAGACGGUGAGCUUCAAUCCAGUAUGCACGGAAAUUUCCUCCACCCUUCAUUCCCCGAUGAGACUGCACCUGCAGGAAAACGCAAUGAGAACUUUAGAAAAUGUUUUCUCUGUUUGAAAAACACCUGUAAGUGUGAACCCAUGUUCGUUCCGGGGGAUUUCAUUGAACUCCGAGAGUAUGCUGAUAAGGGAGUGGGAACUCGCGCAUUGGUUAACUUCCCGAAUAAUAUGUGUCUAGGUGAGUUCAAUGGGGUGGUCAUGCCGAAACCACUUGAGAGUGACAUAUGGAGUAUGGAGUGGACGACUCAGAAACGAGACGAGGAUGGCACAACAUGCUACAAAUACUACCCGAAUAUUAUAGUUGACCCCACACGCCUGGGUAGUUGGACUCGAUAUUCCAACCACCAUUGUGACCAGAAUAACGCAAGACCCAUUCCAGCUGUCGUGGGAGACAGGCCUUUCCUCGGAUUUAUCACGCUUCGCGAUAUUUCUGUGUUUGAGGAGGUAACAAUUACCUACGGUCCAAAUUAUUGGAUUGGCAGAGGGUUCUCCUGUACCAUCGGAACCUGGAAGGCUACUAGUAUGCGUGUAACAAGAGGGAUCUUCGGAGGUCUCCGCUUUCGGCGACAGCUGCAGUCCAUUCACUUGCAGCGACGAACUCUGUUGACCGAGAGCUAUGCGCGUGGCCCACUGGCUCCGCCCUUGCUUGAGUCGACCGUUGGCGACCACUUCGCGAAAAUUGUGGCCGAACAUGGAGAUCGAACAGCGGUCAUUUCGAAGCACCAGAACGAUCGUGUCACGUAUGCCUCCCUUGACGCCAGAAGCAAUGCAUUUGCACGGGGUUUAGAAUCGGUAGGCGUGAGGAAGGGCGAAAGAGUCGGUGUUAUGCUAGGGAAUUCUAUGGAAUAUGCUGUUGCAACAUAUGCGCUCUUCAAGCUGGGCGCCAUUCUGGUGCCACUCAAUCCGUCCUUUAAUGCCACUCAAGUUGUCUCUGCUCUGAGCCACCUUGAGGCGAGCCACCUGAUCAUCAGCGCCGAAUCGAACCUCCCUCGCAAAGACCCCCGCAGUAACGUCAAACUUCUCGAGCUUAUGAUCGAAGACCUCUUCAGCUCGAAACUCCAGUCCGCACUCAUACCUUCUCUCGAGAAAAUAAUUCUAGUCAACAACUCCUCCGGUCGGGUAGAUAUAUCGUCCUAUAAAAGCCUAACGCCCUUCUCCUCGGUCAUGUCUCAAUUACCUGGAGACUGUCGACCAUUGCCGGGACAAAACCUUUACCCGCAAGAUAUUAUCAACAUUCAAUUUACAUCUGGGACGACCGCAAUGCCAAAGGCGGCUUGCCUCAGUCAUGUCUCUAUUCUAAAUAACGGUUCCCAGAUUGGUGAUCCAACUCAUGGGUCUUCCAUUGUAUUCCCAAGCGAGUCGUUCAAUGCUCGUGCCGCGUUGCAAGCGGUGCAAGAAGAAAAAUGUACGGCACUUUACGGGGUGCCCACGAUGUUUCUCGAGGAGCUUAGUCUCAUUGCCUCGGGUGAAAUUUCCAGUGAUGGCUUUCAGCACCUGCGGACUGGAAUCGCAGCUGGAAGUAGCAUACCCGCAGAAUUGAUGAAAAAGCUUCAUAAGGUAUUAAACUUGACCGAGCUGACAAUCUGCUACGGAAUGACAGAGACAAGCCCUGUCUCUGCGAUGACCGCCACAGACGAUCCCAUAGCAAAGAGAAUCAGUACUGUUGGAAGAUUGAUGCCACAUGUCGAGGCUAAAAUCGUGGAUCCGGUAGACAAAACACAAACCCUUCCAACUGGAGCCCGUGGAGAGCUAGCGGUUAGCGGCUACCUUCUCAUGAAGGAGUAUUGGGGCGACCCUGUAAAGACCGCCGAGGUUAUGAUUGCAGAUGCUACUGGGAAAGUUUGGAUGCAUACUGGAGACGAAGCAUCUAUAUCUGAAGAUGGAUACGUUUCUAUAACCGGCCGUAUUAAGGAUUUGAUUAUCCGAGGUGGCGAGAACAUACAUCCCCUUGAAAUCGAGAAUUGCCUCUUGGCCCACCCUGGUGUUCUUGAUGUCUCUGUUGUCGGUGUACCGGAUGAGCGAUAUGGCGAGGUUGUCGCCAGCUUCGUAUCCGCCCGAGAUCAAGGCUCUAAGAUGGUUACUGCCGAGGAGAUCCAGCAAUGGGUGCGUGAGCAUUUGAGCAACCAUCUUGUUCCUAAAUAUGUAUUUUUUUUGGGUCCUACGGAAACGUUCCCGAAGACGGCAAGUGGAAAGAUUCAGAAGUUCAAGCUCAAGGAACAGGCGAUCAAGCUGAUUGCUGGCGCCUGA